CAUCAUGGUCACACUCCAGACCUGCUCCAGAUUCGGGCCGUCCAAAAAGUUCUAUAUAAAAUUCAAGAGGACAUGAUCUCAAGACUAUUAUACCUUAAUUACUCUCCUCAUGGCACUCACUCCGAUUAAGACCUGUGUCCUCGGCGUGGGUCUUGCUGGGCUCACGUUUCAUGUACCAUUCGUACUCGCUUUGCCCGAACUCUUCACUCUUACCGCUGUCCUGGAGCGCAACCCACAGACUCCCGGAGGAAAAGUGCAGCAGCGCUUUGGAGUUACAACAAAAAUACACAGGACAGUCGAAGAGGUCGUGAACGACCCUGAAAUUGAGCUUGUUAUUGUGGGAACCCCAAAUGACACACAUUACUCAUUUGCCAAAGCUGCUCUUGAGGCCGGCAAACAUGUUCUCGUUGAUAAACCUGUGACUGAGACGGUCAAAGAAGCAAACGAGCUUGCAGCCAUUGCCAAAGCAAAAGGCCUUGUUCUCUACGGCUACCAAAAUCGACGCUGGGACUCGGAUCACCUCGCGCUGAAGCGCCUGCUUUCACUUCCUUCCUCUUCGCCUCUCUCCCUUGGUAACCUACUGGAAUUUGAGUCUCACUAUGAUCGUUACCGUGCAGGGAUACGGUCUUCCUGGAAGGAUAGUGCGGGCGCAGUAUAUGAUCUCGGUUCACAUCUCCUAGACCAAGCUCUCAAACUCUUCGGCCGACCCGCGCAAAUCACUGCGUUCAUUCAAAAUAUCCGUGGUGUCACGAAACCGGAAGUUGACGACAUCUUCACUAUCUAUCUACACUACAAUCCUGGGACUCUUUUCCCAAACCGGUUCACCGUGCUUCUCCGCUCGCACAUCCUAUCAGUGAAAUCCCCUCAGCUACGCUACGCAGUACGCGGCACAAAAGGAAUGUUCACCAAGUAUGGCCUCGAUACCCAAGAGGAACAGUUGAAAGCGAUGUCCUCUGUUAGCAGUAUCCUUGAACCAAGUUAUGGACUGGAGCCUGAGUCCAUCUAUGGCAUCGUCGAAAAUAUCGCCGACGAUGGCGUGACGAUCACAAAGACAACCUGGCCUUCGGAUGCCCCGGGCCAGUAUAUUGGCCUCUUCAAGAACCUUGCUGGUGCUAUCCGUAACAACGAGGAACUUGAGGUGAAAUGGGCAGAAACGACACAGGUGAUCGAAAUGAUUGAAUUGGCCUAUAAAAGCUCUGCUGCAGGCCGCACUUUGGAGGUAUCAAAGGUUUAGUUAAUAUCAAGAUGCACCUCACUAUAUACUCAAGAGUGUAUCAUAGAAGUAGUACGGUCAAAUUCCCUUCGGAGCUACAACAUACUCUUGACAACAAA